CGGCCCCGUCUAAAGAAAGCAGAGGAAAACAACACAUAGGUAGGAGGGGGGCUACAAGCCAACACAGAAGAGGCUUUGCGACAACGGACUCCCCACCGAGCCAGCUUCCCUCCCCUCCCAGCCAUGGCCACCACCGCCCGCGGCGCCUCCCUCUUCGGCCGCACCCUCUUCAACGGCAUGUUCGUGUCCGCCGCGCCGCAGCAGCCGGGAGCAGCACCCAUCAUCCCGCGCCCCCGCCGCCCCUUGAGCACAACCGCGCCGCCAUGGCAGAAGCAGAUGCCGGCCCGGCCCAAGCCGCCGCCGGACUCGGAUCUGGAGGAGUCGUACCUCAAGGGCAGCGGGCCGGGCGGCCAAAAGAUUGUACUUGCUUUACCUUGAACAAGACAAACUCGGCCGUCCAGCUCAAGCACAUACCCACGGGCCUCGUCGUCAAGUGCCAGGCCACCCGCUCGCGCGACCAGAACCGAAAGAUCGCCCGGGACCUGCUCGCCGCCAAGCUCGACGUCAUGUUCAACGGCGAACAGAGCCGCCAGGCCAUCGUCGCCGACUCCAAGAGGAAGAAGAAGGCCAGCGCCGCCAAAAAGAGCAAGCGCAAGUAUCGGAAGCUCGAGGAGCAGGGCAAGGAGGAAGACGAUGAUGCGGGACCGGAGCUGGAGGGGGCUCUGGAGGGGUCUCUGUCGGAAUCUCAAAGUACCGGGCAGACUGCAGAUACAACAGCCGCCGCUGCAUCAGAAAAACACACAAGUCAUACAGCACCCACGACGUAAAGCCCAUAAUCUUGAAAUUCCCAUUAGGCUUCGGACCGUCUUCUACUACCAGCCCUCGGGUCAUGUAGUGCCCAAUAUGACGAAAUCACCCACGUUGGAACCCCACCCAUGACAAGUUGAGAAGGGUAAACAGAGCUAAAUUGUAUAAAACCUCCCGUGUACUCGUCUCCCCAGCUCCUUCGCGCGGUUACGCCAAACUACUCGAAGACACAUGCCAUCGUACUUUUCCUCCCGAUGUAGAAAAGCC